AUGCUACUUGAAGGAAAGAUAGCCCUGAUAACUGGAGCGGCUGCGGGUGUGCAGGGCGAGAUUAUGGGCUUCGGCGGCGCUGCCGCGUGGCUGUUCGCAGGCGAGGGCGCGAAGCUCGUGCUAACCGACAUCAACGAAGAGCAGGGGCGCCGCACCGAAGCGCAACUGCGCGAGCACGGGCACGACGCCGUGUUCACAAGGCUUGAUGUCACCAGCGAAGCCGACUGGGAAGCCGCCAUCAAGCUGACACUAGACACCUAUGGCAAACUGGACAUUCUGGUGAACAACGCCGGCACCGGCGGACGCAUGCGACUGGAAGACACCUCUGAAGAGCUUUGGGACGGGCAGAUGAACGUGCAUGCCAAGGGCGCGUUCCUCGGCAUGAAGUACGCUGUACCGGAGAUGCGAAAGGUAGGCGGCGGCUCGAUCAUCAACGUGUCGUCCAUCUACGGACUAGUCGGCAGCCAGACAUCCACCGCAUACCACGCCGCCAAGGGCGCGGUGCGACUAAUCUCCAAGUCCGCCGCCAUCCAGUACGCGGGCGAAAACAUUCGCGUCAACUCCAUCCACCCCGGCUUCUGCCGCACGCCCAUGACGAACGCCAGCUACCAGGACCCGGCGCACUACGAGCCGCUGUUGCUGCGCAUCCCAAUGGGCAGGGUCGGGCAGCCGCAGGAACUCGCCCAGGGCAUGCUUUAUCUCGCGUCCGACGAGUCGAGCUAUGUAACCGGCUCCGAACUCGUCAUCGACGGAGGCGUGACGGCGCAAUGA